AUGGCGGCGCGGGCGCGGCGGGCGGCGGCGUGGGAGCAGGGCGGCGACGAGUACGACUACCUGUUCAAGGUGGUGCUGAUCGGCGACUCCGGCGUGGGCAAGUCCAACCUCCUCUCCCGCUUCACCAAGAACACCUUCUCCCUCGACUCCAAGUCCACCAUCGGCGUCGAGUUCGCCACCCGCACCACACAGGUGGAAGGGAAGACGAUAAAGGCGCAGAUAUGGGACACGGCGGGGCAGGAGCGGUACCGGGCGAUCACGAGCGCCUACUACCGGGGCGCCGUGGGGGUGCUGCUGGUCUACGACGUCACCAAGGCCGCCACCUUCGACAACGUCAAGCGGUGGCUCAAGGAGCUCCGCGACCACGCCGACUCCAACAUCGUCAUCAUGCUCAUCGGCAACAAGACCGACCUCCGCCACCUCCGCUCCGUCGCCACCGACAAGGCGGCCGGCUUCGCCGAGUGGGAAGCCCUGUCCUUCAUCGAGACCUCCGCGCUCGACGCCACCAACGUCGACAAGGCCUUCCAGACCGUCCUCGCCGAGAUCUACCGGGUCGUCAGCAAGAAGGCGCUGUCGUCGACGGACGAUUCCGGCGCCGGCGCCGUCGGGGAGGGGCAGUCCAUCCUGGAGUCGCGGCUCGCUGCUGCUGCCCACGUCGAUGCCGAUGAGGUGGCGUCCUCUUUCGGACUUCUAAUCGGCCAGCGGCAGCAGGAAGUAGAGGACGCCGGCGUCCUGCUCCCUCAGGAACGGCGACCAUGGAACCCGCCUCCACGAAGCCCUCCAUCACCCCCAGCACUGUCAUUCAGGAGCGGCCAGGAAGGCGGCGCCGGCACGGCCAAGGGUGGGCAGAUCGAUCGGGCCGGGUGUUAA